GCAAAAUCAAAGGACCAUAAGAUGAUGGGAAAUUGUCCUUGGAGGAAUUCCAGGCCUUCUUUUCCGAUGGGACUCUUAACGAGGAGGAACUUGAGAAGCUCUUCCACACCAUUGAUUCUGACAACACCAAAUUAUUUUGCUGACCACAUGGGAGAUUAUGAAGAUGUUUUGGCUUCGCUGGAAACACUCAACCUCUCCAUUCUGAAGGCCAUGGGUUACACCAAGCAGGUGUACGAAAGAGGAACUAACGUGGACCAGUUUGUGACCCGUUUCCUGCUGAAAGAGACAGCCAAUCAGAUUCAGUCCUUGCUCAGCUCCGUGGAAAGUGCCGUUGAUGCUAUCGAUGAGCAAACCAGUCAGAUAAGACAUUUCCACAAUAAAUCUGGACACAAUGUCAUGGACACCUGGUACGACAACCCUGUGCCUAAUUAUUCCCCCAAUAACAGAAUCAUGACCAAAGAACGCAGGAAAAGUUUCCAAACUGCAUCUUCAGACACCAAGGAGGAGGGCUUAGAAGCUCAGAUCAACAGGUUAGCAGAGUUGAUUGGAAGGCUGGAAAACAAGACUCUUUGGUUUGACCUGCACCAGCGACUGUCGGACAGUGAAAACACAGCCUGUGCGUAUCUUCUUUUGGUACGAAAUGAGAUGACCGUUUCCCAGAAGCACCUGGGCGAGUUCUGUGGCUCACUCAAGCAGUACUUGAAGAACGUGGCGGGUGAACGGGACUGCUUCCACGUCACUGCAGUGAGGCUCCCUGAUGGCGUCACUUUCAUUGUCUACGAGUUCUGGGAGACGGAGGAUGACUGGAAGAGGCACCUACAGAGUCCUGCUUGCAAAAGCUUCCAGCACGUGAAAGUGGAUACGCUGACUCAACCUGAAGCAGUUUCCAGUGUGUCAGUGCCAGCUGCUUGGUGCACCCUCAACAGAGACUGACUUGAAGAAUGCAAAGCCCCAAGGGGAAGGCUUCUCA